AUGGUGGUGUAUGGUAAAUGUUGUGAGGAAGUGUCUAGCGCCAUUCAGUGCUCUGCCUGUCGUAAGUUCUUCGAUUACCCAUGUUCUGGGAUAACUGAAAUUGGCUAUCGCAAGCUAGGAGAUAGACAGUCAACGUGGCGCUGUGUUUACUGUAAGACGUCUCAACAAUCAACCCGGCCUGGAUCACCACCUCCUGAAACUACACGUCAACCUGCUCUUGAUAAUGUUAUGAUUGAACUGCAGAAGCUUUCGUGCCAAUUACUGCCCCUUCAAGAAGUCAUCAAUGAUAUUCGAAUAAUCAAAAACGAUAUUUCAGAUCUACGUAAAUCUAACAACAAUAUGCUAGAAAAGCUUGAUAGCUUUGAAAAAAGACUUCAAGUAGUUGAAAAUGCUGAGCAAAAAAUAACGUCUCUAAAGGAACAGAUGAAUAAGAUGGAAGCAGAAAUUAAUGAAAAAGAUCGGUGGCUCAAAUCAAAUAACGUUGAAAUCAAGGGAGUACCAUUUAAACCUGGUGAGAAUCUUUUUGAUAUUGUAACUAAAUUAGGAUCUAUAAUAACCUACCCUGUGUUGAAGAGUAACAUUAAUUAUGUAACACGUGUCCAGACGCGAGAUGCUGGGUCGAACAAGACCAAACCUAUUAUUCUUUCUUUUAUCAACAAAUAUAUGAAAGAAGACUUCAUCGCAGCUUCUCGCCUGAGUAAACAUAUUUCUACGGAAGAUAUUGGUCUAAAAGGAAACACCCGUAUUUACAUAAAUGAUCACCUUAGUUAUUCCAAAAAGAUGCUGUUGAAUAAAACUAAAACUGCUGCAAAGGAAAAAAACUACAAAUACGUAUGGGUCAAGCACGGGAAGAUAUUUGUGAGGAAAAUCGAUACAUCGCAAGUCUACAAUAUAAAAUCGGAAUCGGACCUAGUCAAGCUGCGUUAA